AUCAGACAUGUUGGAGGAGUUCUUGUACUGUGAAGUAACAUUAUGAACAGCAGAGGAGUCCAGAAGGUCCUCCAGGGGUUGCAGCUGGUCAGUUCUGCUCCUGCAGGAAGGAUCUGCUCCCCCUUGUCCUCCUGGAACAGCAGGCCAGGAUCUGGAUCAAACAGAGCCCUGUCAGGAUCUGGCAGAGGGAGCAUGAAUGUGUUCAACAGGGAAAUGAAGAAGAGGCAGAAGAACUGGGCUGCAGUUCUGCAGGAUGGUCACCAGUAUGACUACCUGAGGGAUGAGGUCGGGAGUCGAGUCGCUGAUCGGGUUUACGAUAUCACCAGGACAUUCCCUCUGGCUCUGGACAUUGGAGGAGGAAAAAGUCACAUUGCAGACCAUCUGAACAAGGAUGUGGUGGAGCGUUUGUUCCUGACAGACAUCUCCCAGCACACCCUGAAACAUCGCAGGCCGAGUGAGAUUCCCACUCAGUGCAUCCUUGCUGAUGAGGAGUUUCUGCCGUUUAAGGAGAACACUUUCGACUUGGUGCUGAGUAGCUUGACCCUUCACUGGAUCAACGACCUUCCUGGAGCCCUCAGACAGAUCCACCAGGUUCUGAAGCCAGACGGGGUUUUCAUCGGGGCGAUGGUGGGCGGGGAGACGCUGUACGAGCUGCGCUGUUCUCUCCAGCUGGCUGAGACGGAGAGGGAGGGAGGUUUCUCCCCCCAUGUGUCGCCCUACACCGCCGUCACAGACCUGGGGAACCUGCUGGGCCAGGCUGGCUUCAAUAUGCUGACUGUGGACAUUGAUGAUGUUCAGGUGCAUUACCCAGGCAUCAUGGAGGUCAUGACUGAUCUUCAAGGUAUGGGAGAAAGUAACUGUGCAUGGAACAGGAGGUCGAUGCUGCACAGAGAUACUAUGUUAGCAGCUGCAGCCAUUUAUAAAGAGAUGUACGGAAACGAGGACGGUUCUGUUCCUGCCACCUUCGAGAUUCUCUACAUGAUUGGCUGGAAGCCUCACGAGUCUCAGGCCAAACCAGCGAAGCGAGGAUCAGCCACGGUGUCGUUCGGAGAUCUGGGGAAGAUCAGCCGACAGAGCAGCACCAAGGAGUCCUAGAGUUUAUGUGACCUCUCUGGGUUAUGGAGGCUGACAUAUCAGGUUCAGCUUUCAGGUGGAGGAAGUUCCAGAUCCAGAGCUUCCAACUGGUUUCAGUCAGCAGCAGAGACUGUAUUAUAUACUUGGUGGUUUUUAAAGCUGUAAAUGUUGUAUAGAAAUGUGUUUUGGGGGAAAUAAACUGUGUAAUGAAGAAAACUGCUGAAAUC